AUGGCUCAAAUCCAGAGUGAAGCUGACAUUUUCAUUGGUGCCUUUUGUAGGAGGAACUGCUGCCUGUGUCGCCGCUGGUCGUCUCGCAAGGCGAACCCCGAACUUAGCAUCCUUCUGGUCGAGCAAGGAUCGAAUAACUACCAAGAACCCAGUGUAGUUACCCCCGCAGUAUUCUUGUCGCAUCUGGCUCCCGGCAGCAAAACCGCUGUUUUCUGGCAAGGUAACAAGAGUGAUGCCCUCAAUGGACGCAGCCCAAUCGUACCAAGUGGUCGGACGUUAGGCGGUGGAUCUAGUGUUAACUUCUUAAUGUACACGCGCCCGUCGGCUUCUGAUUUCGAUGACUGGAAAACCGAGGGCUGGGGGUCCAAAGAUAUACUCCCUUUACUCCGCAAGAUGGAAACUUACCACCUCGCCUCCGAUCGUGAAUCCCAUGGAUACGACGGGCCAUUAAAUGUCUCGUACGCCGACAAGGAAAAGUAUCCGGCUGUAGCACAAGCAUAUCUUGAAGUAGCCCAAAAGAGGGGCGUUCCAUUGGUCCAAGACAAGCAAGACCUAAACACUGGGCACGGUUGUCAGCGCUGGGCGAAAUGGGUUGAUCCAGUGACUGGAUUCCGACAAGAUGCUGCUCACCGGUACAUCCACCCUCUCUCCAAUAACAAGCACCUACACAUCAUGACUGGAACCAAGGUUGUCCGUAUCGUUUUUGAUGGCAACAAGGCUACCGGAGUCGAAGUUGUAGCAGAUAAGGAUACGGAUGCGGAUGCUGAUCAAACCUCUCGUAUUAUCAACGCCCGCAAGCUCGUAGUAGUCUCUGCUGGAGCAAUCGGCUCACCUAUUGUUCUCCAACGCAGUGGAGUCGAUGAUGCAGACACCAUCGAUCCAAUCAUGAACCAAGAUCCUGACUUUUUACAAGAGGCUCAAGGACACUUUACUCAGGGUAAAGGUGCACUUACCACCAAUUGGAUUGAUUCCGGUACCCAGCCGGUUAUGCUCCAAGCAGUCGUCGCGGGUUGGCUAGGACCACGGGAGGUCCUUCCUCAUAAGGAUGCUCGUAUGAUAAUGAUGGGCAAUUUCACUGCAUAUCCAAUUUCCCGGGGACAUGUGUAUAUCACAUCCACAGACCCAUAUGCCGCUCCUGAUUUCGACACUGGAUUCUUCAAAGAGCAAGCUGACGUGGAGGUUCACAUUUGGGCCUACAAACAUGCUCGUGAAAUUGCGCGUCGCCUACCUCAAUACCGAGGUGAAUUUGCGGCACUUCACCCCCAAUUCCCCGAGGGCAGUGCAGCAGCAUGCAUUAAACUCGAUGGGCCUCGGACGUUGACAAUGUCAAGGAUAUCUUCGUCGAAACAAUGGCACUCGGUUGCUACUGUGAUGAUGAAACCAAAGGACCAGGGUGGUUGCGUCGACGCGCGACUUAACGUUUACGGAACUCAGAAUCUGAAGGUCGCAGAUCUUUCUAUCAUUCCUGGAAACGUUGGAUCCAAUACCAAUUCGACUGCCCUGGUGAUAGGCGAGAAGGCGGCAACUAUUAUUGCAAAGGAUCUUGGCCUUCAGUUGGAUUAA